AUGACCGGCGAGGACGACGCGGAUCCGUGGGACGCGGUCACCACGGAUCGCGUCGAGGGUAAGGGCGAGGCUCUCCGCGCGACGCGCGACCUGCCGAAGGGCGCUCGGCUCCUCCGCGUCGCGCCCCUCUUCGCCGUGCCCUACGCCGCGGAGCUGACGCGCCUGUGCGGGGGUUGUUUCCAGCCGCGCGGCGCGGUGUGCGCGUCGUGUGGGAGCGCGAGGCUCUGCUCGCGAUGCGGCGCUGGCGCGGCGGGGACGCUCCACGGGCUCGAGUGCCACGCGCUGGCGCGGCUGCGCGACGGCGAGGAGGGCCUGACGUUGGCGCACUCGGACCUCCGACUGCUGCUCCGCGCGCUGGCGGUGCGAUCGAUGCGGCGCGCUGUCGACGCGGGCGGCGACCCCGCGGCGAUCGCCGCGGCCGAGGACGGCGACGUCAUCGUGGACGGCUACGACGCUCUCGAGGGUCUCAUGAGCGGCGUGGACGGCGGCGACGACGGCGAGCUGCCGCACGACGCCGUCGCCACCAUCGCCGAGGUCGCCAAGCAGGCCAGGUUUCUCCUCGCGGCGUCGUGCCGGUGUUCGAUGGACGAGUGCGUCCGUACGCUGGGACGGCUGCAGCUCAACGGGUUCGAGAUGACCGCGUCGGAGCCCGAGGAAGGGGCGGAUGAGGCAGAGGGCGGGGGGCACAGGCCGGUGGGCGUGGGCGUGUUCCCGUCCGCGAGCUACACCAAUCACAGCUGCGCGCCCAACUGCGCGCAGAGGUUCGACGGACACGGGUGCAUCGUGGUGGAGACGGCGAGGGACGUUCGCGGCGGGGAGGAGCUCACGAUACCGUACGUGGACGUGAGGUUGGGGAGGCGCGAGCGACGGGAGCGGCUGCGGAAGAACUUCGCGUUCGACUGCGCGUGCGAGCGAUGCGCCGCGGAGGCGGACUAG